UGCAAGGUGCCUCGGAGGUUGAUAAUCUUCCAGGGGUUUUGCCUGUGUCGCCCUUUAAAAGGCGCCUUUCCCUCUCCAGCCCUUCCGAACUGGCCCCGCGUCUGGUGACACAUCUUAGUUGGAUGCAGUUGCUGUAUUUCUUUCUCCCCCUGUUUCCAGACCAUCUGAGAACCGUGUUGAGUUCACAAGACCGCGACGUAAACAUUGAGGCCAGGGAGGAGGCGAAGGGGAUCUUGCACUCCUUUUCAAAACCUCAAACAUGGGAAAGUCUCUUUCUCAUUUACCUUUGCAUUCAAAUAAAGAAGAUGGUUAUGAUGGGGUCACCUCGACAGACAACAUGAGGAACGGGUUGGUUAGCAGCGAAGUCCAGAAUGAAGAUGGAAGAAACGGAGAUGUCUCUCAGUUUCCGUAUGUGGAAUUUACUGGAAGAGACAGCGUCACUUGUCCCACUUGCCAAGGAACAGGAAGAAUUCCUAGGGGGCAAGAAAACCAACUGGUGGCAUUGAUCCCGUAUAGUGAUCAGCGGUUACGGCCAAGAAGAACAAAGCUGUAUGUGAUGGCAUCUGUGUCUGUCUGCCUGCUCCUGUCUGGAUUGGCUGUGUUUUUCCUUUUCCCGCGAUCUAUUGACGUGAAGUAUAUUGGUGUAAAAUCAGCCUAUGUCAGUUACGAUUUUCAAAAGCGAACCAUAUAUUUAAAUAUCACGAACACACUAAAUAUAACAAACAAUAACUAUUACUCUGUUGAAGUUGAAAACAUCACUGCUCAAGUUCAGUUUUCAAAAACGGUUAUUGGAAAGGCACGCUUAAACAACAUAACUAACAUUGGCCCACUUGAUAUGAAGCAGAUUGAUUAUACAGUACCCACAGUUAUUGCUGAGGAAAUGAGUUACAUGUACGAUUUCUGUACACUGAUCUCCAUCAAAGUACACAACAUAGUACUCAUGAUGCAGGUAACUGUAACAACGACAUACUUUGGACACUCUGAGCAGAUAUCUCAGGAGAGGUACCAGUAUGUCGACUGCGGAAGGAACACCACUUACCAGUUGGCCCAGUCUGAGUAUCUCAAUGUACUUCAGCCACAACAGUGAACUCUGAAGGAGAUGUGAUAGAGCAGAGGACACCCCUGAGGUGUUUCCAGAACUGUCAGUGAGGAGGCACUGCCUAGAAGGACAUCUUGAAUUGGGCAUGUCUAAAGUUGAAACUAGGACACUGAGGGCUGAGCCGACAGAAGCUGCUCCUUAAGCAGUUACUGGACUCUGGUUCUGUGUUGAGGAUUUGCUAGUACCAAGAGCUUUUACUUGAUUGUAAGUUAACUGAUUGGCUUUCUUCUCAUCUUUGUUCCCAAGGUGAAAAAACGGAGACUUCCUCUAAAUACAAUAAAGAAUUACAUAAAAGUCAUAGACUUAAUCUGUAGCUCUAUUGAUAAUAUAGUUCAGUCAUGAACGUAAUUUGAAAAAUAAUUCUGAAGAUUUUUAUAUGAAAUUACUGAAAGUCUAUUAUUCAUGGAAGACUUUUAAAAUCUAACCUGUUUUAUAAAUUCCCAUUCUUAUAUGAUGGUAGUCUUUCGACUAUAUGAUAACUUAGCUACUAGCUAAAUGUUUUUAGCCUUUGAUUUGUUGAAAUUCUACUCAUUUGCAUGUUUUGUCUUAUUUCUAGCUAAUGGUUGUAUAAUAUUUACCAACCAUAACAGUCUACACAAUUCUGAUCUACACUUUUUAAGAGCCUCUCAGUAUGUGCUUCAUGUAUAUAGCUUUGUGAACUUUCUGUGUGGUCCUCAAACACACUCCUUUUUUGUGUACAAUAUUGUAAAUAAACUGCAUGGUUUUUAUACAGCUUUGAUACAGGUCAAAUGAAAUGGUACUGAUUAAGAAGUAAAGCAAGUUGUUCAUAAAGAAUAAAGGAGGACAAUGACAUUCAGAAAUCUAUAAAAUAUCAGUAGAUUCCAGCUACUUGUUGGGUCUGACAUAAAAUAGAUAUUCAAUAAAACAUUUUGAUGCUUUACUUUUAUGUUGCUUUUCAUAUUAAGAAUUAUAUGGAUAUUUUCACAAUGAUUAGAUAUCAUCAAUUUUACGAAUGCUAAGUGGAAGGAAAUUAUUUUUUACUAGAAAUUAUUCAAGAAAUCCUUUCAUUGAACACUGGUGGCUACAUCAAAAUAAAACCUAUAGUUUGCUUGUGUAUCAUACUGAUUUGAUACUUCUAGCAGCUGCAUAAGUAUUCCUUUUUUACUUUAAUUUCAUCUAACAUUGUUUUCAAGUAUGAUGGAUGUGUUUGCCUUGUGGCUUACAUUUUAGUGUCAUAUUCCAUAAGGUGUUUUUCCUUAUUCACUCAGAAAAUUCUAAGACCCUUUUAAAAUAUAUAACACUAAUCUUACGAGUUAAGUAUGAUAACAGGUUGAUUUUUUUUUGUUUGUUUGUUUCCUCGUGAUGGAAAUUGGGUUUUCCUUCUCCCAUACUCAAGUGCCUACCUUAGUUGGGUGUAGCCUAUUUGUCAGUGUGGUUCUCAAAUAUGAAACAUAGAUUCUAAUGACUUAAUCUUGUCCCCUAAGUACACUCAUAUCUCCCUUACCUUUCAUACCAUAUUCCCCAUGUGAGUGAACAUUUCAAACAUCCAUUUUUUUUGUAUCUUGCAUUCCUCAGGCGUUAUGAGGUUAGCAUCCUUCCUGUCAUACCCAGAUCAUCCUUUGCAUCAUUCAGUCUCUAGUCAAACCGAUCAUGGUUGGAAGUUUUCUUUUGCUGUGCUUGCUGGUCAACUCCCCUCAUUCAUUCUCCUUCAGUCCGUGCACUGUCUGGUCACCUCCCCCAUUCAUUCUCCUUCAGUCCCCCCAUUCAUUCUCCUCACUCUGCGCACUGUCUGGUCACCUCCCCUCAUUCAUUCUCCUUCAGUCCCCCCAUUCAUUCUCCUUCAGUCUGCACACUGGUUGUGCUUACAUUUUCCAAGUUAAAUUCACGUCAUUAUCUGUAUUCUCUCAUUUUGACAUAACCAAUGUCUGUGAGUCAACUGCUUUUCCUUUAUCUAGAAAUGUUUAAUCCUAUUACUUCAAAAUCACUAGUUAGACCUCCAAGUCUUGUGUGUCUUCUUUACUAGUAACUAUGUAGUUUCAUGUACACUCAGUUACCUUUCAUAAUUAAUGAUUUUUCUAUGUGUAAAAACAAAAUGUAAAGUAAUCUUUUUUAUGAUUUCUCUUGUGCUUUUUCCUGUCCUUCAUGCUUCAUUACAUGGUGUGCAAAAUCAUCAUUCAUUCAUUACUUCAAAAUCAGUCUUUACAUAUGCCUCAUAUAAUAAUCUGUUCCUUCUGUGUGUAUUUAAGUCUGGGAUAGCACUGUGUAAGUGAGGAAGUUUGUUUUCACCUUCUUCUAGAGUACACAUGUAAGGCCUGAAGAGGCAGGACAGUACAGCAAGUGGAAGCAGCUUUGUGCCCAGUGGCUCGGUUUCAAAAUCUUUAACUCUUUAAAUUGAAAAUUCGAUCACAUCUAGACAUCUAGGUCUGAUGUCUAAUUCUGGUGAUGUUUGAGUCAUUAAAAAAAAAAAAAAAAAAAAAAAAACCUUGGAAUUUAAACCCUUCAAGUAAAAGAUAAAAGGAAGAGAGAUGUAGAUUCCUUGUGACUAUUCAAGGAGAAUCAAGUAACUCCUGGGUAAGCCAGGGUGGUAACAAGCUGUAAGUUAAUAAAACUAAACUAAAACCAACAACAACAACAUUUUUAGAGAAGCCAAACCGUAGCCAUAAAAACAUUUGAAAGAAUCAAUGAGGCUUUAACUUUUCUUAGGUCAAUGCUGAGUCUGGCUUCUGGCAUGGAGAAAGGGUAGGUACUCACAUAUUUUUAUGAGUACCUCCAUAACUUAGACUGGCAUAUGAUGAAGACAGUACAUGUUUUCAGAAGUAAAUUCUGUUCUACCCUGAUCAAACACUACCCUGGCCUCACAAUAUCAUGUGUACCACACACUGGCUGCUGCUUCUCUGUCUGCUUUUCUUAUGUGAUUUCUCAGCAGGGUACUGAGAGGAUUUGCUUUAAAAUUACAUACUAGUACAUACUUACACUGCAGCCAGAACUAGGUUCUCUGUCUCGUAUUUGUGCCCUAUCAUUUAAAAUAUCCAUCAGAAAGUCGUGGUAACUUGGUUUAAUGCAAUUAGAAAUUAGAAGUGGCCAGCAAAAUGAUUCAGUGGAUAAGGAUGAUUGCCACCAAGCCUGAUGACCUGAGCUCAGUUUCUGCAUCUCACAGCAGCAGGAGAGAACUGGCUUCUGCAAGUUGUUUUCUGAUGACCAUGCACCACACACAGUACCACAUGAAUAUGCACACAUGCACACACACAUGCACAAAUGCAUGUGAAAAAUAGAAUAAAAAUUCUUGAAGUCAAUAGUGAUGGGCUAAGAUGUUGGUAACUUUGAAUUGCUAUCUGAAAUAUUUCUAAAAGUAAACUAAACAAUGUAGAAUACUUUAGAGCCAAUCCUGGAAUUUAAUUUUUGUGUUAAUGUUUAAUACUUUUUCAAUAAUUCCAAUAAAGAUAAAACUGGCAUUUUCAGUGUGAAUUAUUUAUAAAUAAGACUAUUACAUUUGAGAUUUGAAAUACAGUGUGAAAAUAUUAGACAAGAGAUAAAUUCCUUGAAAUUGCUUGAAAGACCAUUUUGCUUGAGACAUUUAAUAGAAUAUAACUUUAUUUUUGUGUUCAGGUUUCUUUUGAUUCCUGCUUACUUUGGCUUAAUGAAGUAGUUAUUUUCUCUAAAAAAAUAGUUACAAAGAAUAAAAUAUAACUCACUUCAGAUCUUAUAAUUUGCACUUAGGAAAUGGCAGCGCAGCAUAAAAAGGGUAGGAGGUAUCAUCAAAACACAGUAUAAGUGACAUCUCAGGAGACUUGAGACUUGGCCCUAAUGAGUCCUUUCUGGUUCUUAGCCUUACUGUGAUAUAAUGUUGGGUAUUAUGUUGGCCAGGUGUGUUGCUGAGUCUUUGCAUUCUGUUUGUUUUUUAAAGUACUUAAAUCAACAGGUCUUUACACAAUGCUUCUUGUUUUAGAAGAUCGUUCCAUUCAUAUACUUUAAAAAUAUGAUGAGUUUUAGGUUUUCAAAUACGUUAUCUGUUUUCUUUGACAAGUUAUAUAAGCUAAACUUAAAGCUGCUGAUGUGUAAUGAAAAGGUAAACCGGGUGCCCUCAGGUAAGAGUUUGAGAUCCAUAAAAUGCAACAGUUGCUUGGCCUCUCACUUUUUUUGUGAAAUUAGGUUUUAACUUUUUAAAGAAAAAUUAUUACUUAUCUGAGAUAAUUGGAUAAUAAUUAUUCAAUUUUUAUUUUUUGAUUAAAACAGAUGUUUUUGUGAUAUACUUGGAUCAAAAAUUUAAAUUCUAUAUCCAAGAUCUAUUUGCAUAACAAUAUUCAUUCACAGUUUCUAAUUGGAACUACAUUGUGUAUCUUUAGCUUGCUUAGAUAAAUGGUUUCACAGAGGAGUUUGGAACUUGUCUUUAAUUUAGAUAAAACCAACAGUGAUGUGGUUACUGUAGGAAUGGAAAUGGAGUUCCCAUGUUCUAAACUGUGAAGACAGUUCCUUCUGUAGUUCUUUCUACACAUCUAACACGGAGUCCAAGUUGAAGAACAUAGUGUGGUUGCUGUUCGACCCUCAAAGCACGGCAUAGAUAACUUAGCAAGAUUAGGAGAAGCUUUCCAUAGUUGAGUCUAACUAUUCUAGAAGGAAGUUGUUGCCUUCUGUUUAAUUACAUUAAUUGAAAUGUGUUUCAGAGAAAUGUUUUCAGGAUAUUUUGUAUGCUGUAAAACACAAAAGAAGAGUAUUGUGCCAAUGGCCAAAGUUAUAUUACUACCAUGUAGAUGAUGAAGUUCAAACUGACCCACUUCACCCAGAGUUUUAGAAACUAGAAGUCUGGGGGACGCUGCAUCCGCUGUAUUGGGUGAUUCUUAAGUGUUGUACAUGCUGUUCAUCUUGCAAUUGUCCAGGAUGAGGAGGAACAAUGCCAGGCUAUACCAGAUGCAGAAUUUGAUUGCAGAGAGGCUGGCUUCAGACAUAAAGCAUCAACCAGUCUGUAUGUUUUAUCCUAUAAUUCCUUUUAGAACUAAACUGAGAAGGUUUUGGGAAAGGAUUUGGGAUGUUCACUGAUUGAAUGAAUGACAGUAUUACUAGACUCUAACAGUCAAUUUAAAUUGUGAAAUAGAGAAUGUAAAAUAUGUUCUGUAUACUUGCUCUUUAGUGACAUCCAUCAUGGUAUAUCUAUUAAAUUUACUGUUUGUACAGUUCUGAAUUAUAGUUAAGAUUACUGUUCGUGUAGGGAAACAUGGUUAUGAUAGGAGCAAAAGAAUAGACAUGCCCCCCCCCCAUGCUAUUUUUAAAUUCACUUGUAACCGUUACUCUUAUACUUGUGUAUGACAAAAUUAAAUUUGUAAAACAUUUUAGCAUGAAAAAUAAAAUUUGUAUCAACAAA